CCUUUCCCUUGGAGGGGAUGGAGAUAUGAAUGAGUGGCCUCUGCUUCUCCGGAGACCGCCUUUGAGGCUCCAGAGCCUCAUCUGACUUUCCCAGAGAGGGGGAGGCAACAAGAUCCUUCCUUCCGCUGUCCCCAGAGAAGGGUCCUGGGACCAGAGCGCGAGGAGGGAGAGAGCCAGGAGCUGCUGCCCAGAGUCAGGAGACUCUGCCGGACCCGGGAGCGCCGCAGAGAAGCUCAAACUUUGCCGGGCCAUCACCUUGGGGACUGAAUGCAACAAGCAAGAUGGCCAAGGUCAGCACCCAAUACUCCCGCCCCUCCCUGACCCACCUGCCAACAAAGACCGUGGACAGAGACCUUGAUCGUGCUGAGAAUGGCCUCAGCAGGGGCCACUUGCCAUGUGAGGAGACACCCACAGCCCUGCAGCAAGGAAUCGCCAUGGAGACCAGAGAACCUGCUGGACCCCCGCAAAGCUCCUUCACUGGCCAAGGACCUGCCAGGUUGGCACGCCUCAUCAUCUCACUGCGCACGUGGACUGCCAGGCGCUCACGCUGCGAGGACCAAAGAUCCGACUCUCCUCCGGACCGUUUCCGUGGAGCUGAGCUCAAGGAAGUGUCCAGCCAAGAAAGCAAUGCGCAGUCACACGCGGGCAGCCAGGAGCCACCAGACAGAGGGAGAAGUGCCUGGCCCCUGGCCAAAAGCAACACCAAUGCCUCUAACAACUCAAAGGAGGCCUCCAACAACACAAAGGAGGCCUCCAACAACACAAAGGAGGCCUCCAACAACACAAAGGAGGAAAAGAAGAAGGAAAGCUUUGUGAUGGAUCCCUCCAGCAACCUCUACUACCGCUGGCUGACCACCAUCGCCGUGCCAGUCUUCUAUAACUGGUGUCUGCUCGUGUGCAGGGCCUGUUUUGAUGAGCUCCAGUCGGAGCACCUGAUGCUGUGGUUGGUCCUGGACUACUCGUCAGAUGUCAUUUAUGGCUUGGACAUGCUGGUGCGCACUCGGACAGGUUUCCUCGAGCAAGGCUUGAUGGUCCAGGAUACUAGCAGGCUGUGGAAACAUUACACAAAGUCCAUGCAGUUCAAGCUGGAUGUACUGUCCCUGGUCCCCACAGACCUGGCUUAUAUAAAGUGGGGCAUGAACUACCCGGAACUGAGGUUCAACCGCCUGCUGAGACUUUCUCGCCUCUUUGAAUUCUUUGACCGCACCGAGACGAGGACCAGCUACCCCAAUGUGUUCAGGAUUGGGAACUUGGUCCUAUACAUCCUCGUCAUCAUCCACUGGAAUGCCUGCAUCUACUUUGCCAUCUCCAAGUUCAUCGGUUUCGGAACAGACUCCUGGGUCUACCCAAAUAUCUCCAAGCCAGAGCAUGCUCGCCUCUCCAGGAAGUACAUUUACAGUCUCUACUGGUCCACCUUGACCCUGACCACCAUCGGUGAGACUCCACCCCCCGUGAAGGACGGGGAGUAUCUCUUUGUGGUGAUUGACUUCUUGGUGGGUGUUCUGAUUUUUGCCACCAUUGUGGGCAACGUGGGUUCCAUGAUCUCGAACAUGAAUGCUUCGAGGGCAGAGUUCCAGGCUAAGAUUGACUCCAUCAAGCAGUACAUGCAGUUCCGCAAGGUGACCAAGGACUUGGAGACGCGGGUUAUCCGCUGGUUUGACUACCUGUGGGCCAACGGGAAGACGGUGGAUGAAAAGGAGGUGCUCAAGAGCCUUCCAGACAAGCUGAAAGCCGAGAUCGCCAUCAACGUGCACCUGGACACCCUCAGGAAGGUCCGCAUCUUCCAGGACUGCGAGGCGGGGCUGCUGGUGGAGCUGGUGCUGAAGCUGCGGCCGACCGUGUUCAGCCCUGGGGAUUACAUCUGCAAGAAGGGGGACAUUGGAAAGGAGAUGUACAUCAUCAAGGAGGGCAAGCUGGCUGUGGUGGCCGAUGAUGGGAUCACCCAGUUUGUGGUCCUCAGCGAUGGCAGUUACUUUGGGGAGAUCAGCAUCUUAAACAUCAAGGGGAGCAAGUCGGGGAACCGCAGGACGGCGAACAUCAGGAGCAUCGGUUACUCGGACUUGUUCUGCCUGUCCAAGGAUGACCUGAUGGAGGCUCUCACCGAAUACCCUGAGGCCAAGAAGGCCCUGGAGGAGAAGGGACGGCAGAUCCUGAUGAAGGACAACCUGAUCGAUGAGGAUGUGGCCAAGGCUGGGGCAGACCCCAAGGACAUCGAGGAGAAGGUGGAGCACCUGGAGUCCUCCCUGGACAUGCUACAGACCAGGUUUGCGAGGCUCCUGGCAGAGUAUAACACCAACCAGAUGAAGGUGAAGCAGCGGCUCAGCCAGCUGGAGAGCCAGGUGAAGGGCAGUGGGAGCGGCCCCCCGUCUGAUGCGGAGGCUCCUGAGGAGGCUGCAAAGACAGAGGCCAAGCAGUAGUGAAAAUGAGCUGCUCCGUGGGGGCCGACUCUCUGUGCAGCGCUGUAUAUCUGCAACUGUGUGGCAGAGGACUCAGCCGGGGCUGCAUUCCUCAUCCUGCAUUCUGCUCAUCCUUUGCAAGCAAUGUGACUGCAGGAGAGAGCUUUGGUUUUCUUCUCUAGAAAAUGGGACUCAGGAUGUCAGCUCCAGGGAAGUGCCAGGUUUCUGUGCGACCUUCAUGAAAUUCCAAGCAGGGCAGGGAAAUGUGCAGUGUCCUCAGUCCAAGCACAUGCAAGGAUGUAUGGGGAACUGUAAUAAUUUGCUUUUGAGACAGAUUCUCACUAUGUUGUCCAGGCUGACCUUGAAGUCCUGGCCUCAAGUGAUCCUCCUGCCUCAGCCUCCCAAGUAGCUGGGACCACAGGUGUGUGCUACAUGCUGGCCCAAUUUUUUGUUUUGUUUUGUUUUGUUUUGUUUAUGGAAUCCAUGAAGAGAUUUUUAGGACUUGUAACCUAAUUUUCCUACAAGUGGAAGAUUACUUAGUCACCCUUUCUUUUUCCUCACCUCCAACCUCACUCUAUCAACCAUCCCAUUAUGAAAAUAUAACAAGAGGGGCUAAGGCUGGGGCUCGGUGGUAGAGCGCCCGCCUAGCAUGCGUCAGGCACUGGGUUCGAUCCUCAGCACCACAUAAAAAAUAAAAUAAUAAUAAAUAAAGGUAUUGUGCCCAUCUACAACUAAAAAAUAAAUAUUAAAAAAGUAAAAUAUAACAAAUAGCUUAAAGGACAGGCAGAAACGCAAAUUCUAUCUUAUAUGAGACGGUCUGAGGAUGUAUUUCUGAGUCUGAUGUCUCCUUACAUGCUUGCUGGGACCCCCAGAAACCCCAGCCUUUGGUGGUUCUGUGGCAAGCACAAAUUCUGUGGGAGGCCCCUUCGAGUUGGCAAAGCAAUACUAGACUCCUCCUUGGCAUAUGCAGCCACAGUGACACCAGGAUCUGCUUCCUAGAAUAGAGCUUCUCUUUAGGGGAAGAGCGGUGUCCCCUUUUCACUUGCCAAAAGGGAUUCCAAGACAGCUUCCGUUCUUGUCCUAGGACUGGGACCUCUGAGGACAGGAUGCUGUGGGCCAUCACUGAUCAUUCAGGGACUCAGAGCAAUUUGGCAAACACAGGAAUUUAGACAAACUCUGAGGAGAGUGCAUUGCAUGGUGAGAAUGAUGCUGGGAGUCCCCAAAGGAGAUUGGAACCAACUGCCACUGCGGGGAUAGCCCGCUGCUAGGGCUAUGUGACCCCCCAGGAUGAGCUGUUCUAGCUCCAAGAGGAGAGCUCUGUUCAGGGAGAGGCUUUUAGUUUGGAGGCUGGAAUAGCAUCCCAAGUCAAAAAUGCUGUUGACCGGGACUUGUAGAAGAUGAGACCCAUAAUAUCCAUAUCUUUACAAACUGCUCCUUCAUCCCUAAGGAAGCUUCAAACCCUCUUGGAAUUCCAUCCUAAGGCAAAGCUUAUAGCUAGCUGAGAGCUUGCAGAUUGCAGAAACUAGUUUUUUUUAAUCCAAUAAAUAUAACUACAUUAACAUUUUAUAACAGAUUUGUAUAUUUUGGUUCUGUGAUGGCAAAUUAUACUUUCCAUGUUCUAUCCUUCACUUGAAUACACAUUGCAAAUUACACAAUGAUGAAUCUUUCUUUUUCUAUUCCCUUUAUCUUCUCUCUCUCCUUCCCUCCUCCUCCUUUCUUCUUCUCAUCAGACAGAAUCCUCCACUUUGCUUUGAAAAUUUCAAAGUCUCUGUGAUCUGAUGUUAUAAUCCAUAUAUUACAUAGUUGGGUCCUAAUAUAGUUCAUGCCAAAAGUACUUCAUUUUCAAUUAUGUAUUUUGGACUUACAUGGGUCUCUUCUUGCAGGUCAUUUGACCAUUUACUGUGGGUCAUUUGACCAUUUUAACUUUUAAAAAAUGAAUAAGAAGGUCUAUUAAAGGUUGUUGAUCCAAUCUCAUAGCAUCAGCAAAAUGUAAGUAGCAAUGUUUUCUCAAAAUGCAUAUAUUUUUAAAGCCUUAACUAUUAAUUAUGCCUGCGUUGACAUUUGCACAGGAAAAAUAAAGAUGUGGAUAAAAAACGA